GGAAAGAGAAAGGCUCCUGGCCGGCGUCGUCGUCAGCCCUCGCUGCUCCUCUUGCCGCCGCCCCGCAUCCCACCCUCUCCCCUCGCUAGAAGGAAGGGGAAACCGCGGCGAAGUCUAGCGGGUUGCAGUCCUGCCCGAGGCUCUCCCUUUUCUCCAUUCCCCCCUCCUCUUUUUUUGUUUUGGCGGGCGGGCUGCAAUGCCGCUGCUAUGACCCCGGAGUGAAGCCGAAUUACAGACGUUGUCGCCAGACGCUGCCUUCCCUCCUCUUCCCUGACUGCAAAGACCAUGAGGAGGUCGGCGCAAGGACUGCUCCUGCUUCCCUUUCUCCUCUUGCUGUGCCACGGCGAGAUAAGAGUGGCUUCUCUGUGUUCCAACGAAUGCAGUCCCAUUGAUAUUAUAUCUAUAUCAACAGCAGAAAUUCAUAUCAAGUUGCCUUUUGACUUUAAUAUAACUAAUGUAACUUUUGCAAAUGGAACAGAAGUAAAUCAUUCAAUAUCCAAUGGUUCAAUAUCUGCACUUGAUCCUGGCACAGAAUAUAUUAUUUAUUUUAUGAAUUCUAAUGAAACAUGCUGCAAAUCCAUUACAACAAAACCCAGUCCAGUUUCUGCCUUCCAUGUUGAAAACGUUACUGCUACAAGUGUGAGUUUAACCUGGGAAAAUGAUGACCAAAAUGCAUACACAUAUUCAGUACAAAUAGAGGGAAACGGGACACAUUGGAAUAAAUCCUUUAAUAUCACCAGUGCCACGAUUGGGGACCUGGAACCUGCCACAUUGUACAUAUUCAGCAUCUUUCCAAUAGCAGCUGAUGAUCAUACUAAAGGAGAGCCAAGAAAUAAUACUGCUUUUACAAAGCCCAGUCCUGUAUCUGAUCUCCAUGAGGGAAAUAUCACAAAUUCCACAAUAGCUUUGAAAUGGAAAAAUAAUGAUAUAAAUGCCCUUAGUUACACAUACAGAAUACAAAUUGAAGGAGACACUCCUCCCAGGAAUGAAUCUUCUAAUACCACCAGUAAAGUAAUAGAGAACCUGAAUCCUGGAACAUCGUACACAUUCAGAGUCUACUCAGUAGCAAUGUAUAAUCAAACUGAAGGGGAUGCAACGGACAUAACCGUUUUUACAAAACCCAGUCCAGUUUCUAACCUCCAUGCUGAAAAUAUCAGCAAUACUACAGUAACUUUAAAGUGGGACAGGAAUGAUCCAGAUGCUUCUAACUAUACGUACCAAAUACAAAUUGAAGGAAAUGAUACAUCCAGAUCUGAAUCUUCCAACAAUACCAAUAUAGAAGUUAGGAAUCUGGAACCUGGAACGCAGUACACAUUCAAAGUUUAUCCAGUAGCAGCGGAUAAUACCACUGAGGGAGAUUCAAAGGACUUAAUCGUUUAUACACGGCCUAAUCCAGUUUCUGACAUCCGCACUGGAAACAUCAGCACCACAUCAGUGAGCCUAACAUGGAAAAAUGAUGACCUACGUGUUUCUAGCUACACUUACCAAAUAAAUAUAAGCGGAGAUAGUGCUUCUUGGAGUGAAUUUUCUAAUAACACCAGUGCAGUAAUUCAGAGCUUGGAACCUGGAAUACAGUACACAUUCAACAUCUGUCCAGUAGCAGCUGAUAAUAUUACUGUAGGAGAACCUGAGAAUAUAACUGCUUAUACAAAACCCACUCCAGUGUAUGACAUCUCUGCUGAAAAUCUCACAACUGACACAAUAAUAUUACAGUGGAAUAACAGUGAUCCAAAUGCUUCUAGUUACACUUACUGGAUAACAAUAGAAGGAAAUGGCACUUCCAAGAAUGAAACUUCUUCUAUCAAAAGUUUUGUCAUUAGCAGCCUAGAACCUGGAACAUUGUAUAAAUUCAUCAUCUAUUCAGUAGCAGCUGAUAAUAGCACUCAUGGAGAUCCAAAUGAUACAGCUAUUUAUACGAAACCUGAUCCAGUUUCUUACAUCUUUAUUGAAAGCUUCAGCAAUACGACAGUGAAUUUAACCUGGAAAAACAAUGAUCUGCAAGCUCCUAGCUAUACAUACCGAAUACAAAUAGAGGGAAAUGAUACUUCUAGGGAUGUAUCGUCUAAUACCACCAGUGAAGAAAUUAGCGAUCUAGAACCUGGAACAUUAUAUACAUUCAAUAUCUUUACGGUAGCAGCUGAUCACAAAACUGAAGGGGACUUAAACUGGACAACUUCUUAUACAAGGCCCAGUCCAGUUUCUAACAUUCACACUGAAAACAUCAACACCACAACAGUGAAAUUAACAUGGGAAAAUGGUGACCUGCAUGCCUCCAGCUACAUUUACCAGAUACAAAUACAAGAUAAUUUUUCUGUUGAGAAUACAUAUUUUUAUACAACCAGUUCAGUAAUUAAUAACUUAGAGCCUGGAACAUUAUACAUAUUUAGCGUCUAUCCACUAGCAGCUGAUAAUAAAACUGCAGGAAGUGCAGAUGUUGCAACUGUCUAUACAAAACCAAGUUCAGUGAACAACAUCGGUGUUACAGAUAUCAGUACAACAGUGGUCAACUUAACAUGGAAAAAUCCUGACAGAGCCUCUCCUCAGUAUUCCUAUAGGAUACACACCAGUGGGGGAGAAGUUGAGAACAUGACUUCCCCAACCACUCACGUAGAGAUUUCAAAGCUGAAUCCUGGUACUUCUUACACAUUCAGCAUAUAUUCAGUAGCAGGAAAUGAGACGGAAGGAAGUCCAAGCAGCACAAAUCACUGUACAAAUCCAGCCCCAGUGGAUGAACUGUUGUGCAACCCCGUGGCCAAGCAGCCAGAAUUGAUUUUAAGGUGGAGUUUUCCAAAUGGGAAUUAUGAAGGUUUCACUAUUAAAGUCUUAAAUAAUAAACCGCCUGAAAUGCUUGGCAAAGAAAACAAAACUUCAAUAAAAGAUUUGGAUUACUUUACCAACUAUAAUAUUACAGUUAUAACCCGUUCAUGUGAAAAGGAGAGCUCACCUAAAGAGAUUAGAUGCAUUACAAGUAUUACUGAUCCCCCACCUCCAUCUCGGCCCCCUAACGUUGUAGCAACAAGCCACUCCUCUUUGAAAGUUCAGUUUGAUAAUUUUAAUUCAAGUAAUGGACCUGUAACUGCUUAUGCGAUCAUUGUCACAACUGCAGAUGUAGCCUCUUUUGAAUCAUUACAAUAUACCUAUGAUGAUUUCAUCCAGAAGAAAACAAACUCUUACGUUGCAUCUGUCAUCACAACCAAGCAAAAGCGUUCAUCUUCCCCUCCCAAAAGUCCACAUUUUGAUAUUAAUAUUGGAGAUGGAUCUAAAGUAUAUGGUUAUGUCAAUGGGAAGCUAGAUCCUCUUGGUUCAUACAGAGCAUGUGUUGCCGGUUUCACUCAAAUAGCUUUUUUGAAUAAGACUGCUGAACUCAUCGACAAAGAGGGGAGUUAUGCCUCAUUUUCACCAGUUUCAGGCUCUGUCACAUUACCUCAGAAUCCAGAUGUCAUCAUAGGAGCUGUUGUUGGAUGUCUUCUGGCUGCCAUAGUUAUUGCUGCAGCAGUGGGGUUCAUCUUCUGGCAAAAGAGAAGGCAUGGUGGAAAAAAUAACGAAGUACCAUUCUCUCCAAUUGAAUCAAAAUUAAUUAAAGUUGAACACUUUGAGUCUUAUUUUAAGAAACAAAAGGCUGACUCAAACUGUGGCUUUGCAGAAGAGUAUGAGGAUCUCAGGCCAGUUGGUGUCAAUCAGCCCAAAUUUGCAGCUGAAUUGCCUGAUAACAAAGGAAAAAACAGAUAUAAUAAUGUUUUACCAUAUGAUAUUUCUCGAGUUAAACUUUCCAUUCAGAGUCAUCCAGGCAGUGAUUACAUCAAUGCAAACUAUAUGCCAGGUUACAAUUCGAAAAAGGAGUUCAUAGCUGCACAAGGUCCUCUGCCCACCACUGUGCAAGAUUUCUGGCGCAUGAUCUGGGAAAAGAAUAUUUAUACAGUUGUUAUGUUGACUAAAUGCGUUGAACAAGGCAGGACAAAAUGUGAGGAGUACUGGCCAAACAAGCAAUCCAAGAGCUAUGGAGACAUAACUGUAGCCAUGACCUCAGAAAUUGUCCUUCCGGAAUGGACAAUAAGAGAUUUUUCCAUGGAAAAAAGCGAUUCACCAGAAAGUCACCCUGUGAGGCAGUUUCACUUCACCGCCUGGCCAGAUCAUGGCGUUCCGGAAACGACUGAUCUCCUCAUUAGCUUCAGGCACUUAGUUCAAGAAUACAUGAAGCAGAACCCACCGACGUCUCCAACUCUAGUGCACUGCAGUGCCGGUGUUGGGAGGACAGGAACUUUUAUUGCAAUUGACCGUUUGAUCCAUCAAAUGGAGAUGGAGAAUACAGUUGAUGUGUAUGGUGUCGUAUACGAUCUUCGCAUGCAUCGGUCCUUAAUGGUGCAAACAGAGGACCAGUAUGUCUUCCUAAACCAGUGCGUUCUGGACAUUAUUAAGUCUAAGAAAGAGAAGAAAACAGAUCUUAUAUAUCAAAAUACAAAUGCCAUGGCAAUCUAUGAGAACUUUACACCGUCACCGCAAAUUGGGAAGGCAAAUGGAUACCACGUAUAAUUGCCAAGGAAUGACUUGCCUCCUGCCUAUGACGUGGGAGAGGGAAUAUGCACUGGUUUUAUUUCCUCUUUAAAUAGAAAUACUUCUUUUCCAUUUUUAAAAUAAUGGAUUUGAAUAUGCACAUCCUAAAAAUCCCAAUAGGAACUGUGGUUUCUAUAUAGUGUUAAAGGGAAAAUAUACUGUAUUUUACAAAGGAGUUCUGCUUUGAAGAAGUUAAAGAAGACUCGUGUUAUUGGUGAACUGAACUCAUACCAAUGAAAUCAUGAGACAUGUUAAAAAAGAAAUACUUGGGUAAUUUUUUGAAUUACUUUAAACAAAUCCAUGCUCAGAUUUGUUGGAUACUGGUUCUUUUCUAAGUGUCCCAGAGAUGCUAGUUUGCAUGUAUUGGUUACUUCAACCAGUGACUAUCUGCAUAAGAGGGACUGUUUCUCUUUAAAAACAGAAUACAGAAACCUUUUACAAAUAGGAUAUUUUAUUAUGAAAUUGUGCCUUUUUUUCUAGCUGUUUUGCUAAAGAAAACAUGAUCAGAGUGCUAUAUUUUUGUAUCAAAUUUUUCAACUGAAAUGGAACAUUUAAAUAAGACUAAUAUCAGUUUUGUAUGUGGAAUAGCUUUUCCUGGUUCUUCCGUAGUAAAGGUGCACCAUUCUUUGUAUUUCCCCUUUCAUCUACUGAGUAAAUUCACUGGAUGGUGUGAGGCCAAUAAGAGCUGGGUAAUAACUUGGUUGUAUCAAGAACAGUGGUUUUUUUUUUUACAUUGUUGAAGUUAAACAUUACCAAGUUUCAUUUUCAUUUUAAAUUGUUUCCUUUUUUUCUCUUUUUUUUCUUGUCAAUUUUUGGUCCAAGCAUGUUCACGUCCUUUCGGUGCCAUUUUUAUCUCUAACUGAUUUUCAUUCUCAGCUCCAUUUUCAUCCUCAGCCUCAUUUCCUCUUUCUGCCACUUAAUCUUACGGACUGUAGUGACCUGUGAAUUUUUAGUCGACUUUUAUAACUAUAUUUCCAAGGUGCCUGUAAACACAACCACAAUAGUCAUUGCUGCAGCUGAUCAGGUUAAACAGCAGUGAGAAAGAGGCCACUCUGAAUCAGUGAGGGCAAAAGUGAAGGAAAAUGAUGGUGAAGUGAAAUGGCAGGGUGUCAAACUCAUUUAAAAUGUGAAUGCAAGUAUUAUUUUGCCUUUUAGAAUAAUCUUAUUUCAAAGCAAUGAUUGAAAUUAGAGAAUGUUUGUUCUAGAUAGACCAUAUCAGGUAAAUGACUUCUCAAUACUUGUGAAAGCAGGACCACUAAAUGUGCACUGGUUAUCUAUUACUCGUUGUGGCGGCUCAAACGAUGUGGAGAGGCAGUCUUGUGCAGCUUCUAGUAAGUUCGGCAUUACUACACACGACCUCUGCAUCCUCAGGUUUCAAAGCAGUUGGUUACAGGAGAAUAAUUCUGUGAAGAUAAGUAACAGGCCAUUGCCUCUCCAAAUGAUCACAGCUAUCCCACUGGCAACUUUGAAUGCCCACUUUGUCAUUAGCAGUUUUCUAAACUUGAUAAAAUUGAUAGCUGUCACCUCCACUGACCUUGGCAAUUGCCAUUAUAAGGAAGAGGAGGUCCAUUUACCAACCUGAGCUUUAACUGUGUGUGUUAAGAGUACGCGAAUGACUUCACUGUUCUGGUUCAUAUUUUCUAUGUUCUUGUAUGUGAUAAGGACAUAUUUAAAAGUGCAAUAUUUGAUUUACUGAAUGAAUUGUUGCCUCUAUUUCCAUAGAGUUUUACUCAGGUUCGUUGUCUCUUCUUACUUGUUCUGUGGUUUAUGUUGUUAAAUGAAGUACUCCUAUGGCAGAGCGCUCCCAGGAAGGUUCAUUGACUUUAUUCUAAUUCUUAUGAGAAGUAAAUGUACAAAGAACUACUGGUUCUGUCAACUGCAGAACAUUUUAGCCAGUUAAAACUGAGGUGUAUAUUUUUAAUGUUCUUGUGUAUCAAAGAAAUGUAAUUGCUCUAUAAUUUGUGUUUGUUUGUUUGCAUUGUGCUGCUGUAGUUCUGAUGGAUACGAUUAAUGAAAAUUGAAGGGUUUUCCAUUAAAUUAAUAUUGUUGGUACACUGAUGUUAAAAUUAUGAAGUGUUGCUAAUGAAGGAAUUGUGGUGUGGGAAAUAAAAAGGGGUUUGAGGUUGGGAUUAAGUUUUGUUUUGUUUUAGUCAAUGCGCUGGCAGCAUUAGAAACUGAUAUGAUCUUUGAGUGUAUUGUAGAGCUUAUCUAUAAAGUUUUGGUAUUGUGGACUUUACUCUUCAGCUUCCUUUAAUGCCAAACCCCUUUGAAUUACAAUGAGUUUGUAUAGCCAAAAUGUUAAUGCUGACAGGUAUAGUAAAUGCAUCACAGUUUUGAGGUACCUCCAUACCGGUUUCUGUGGCAAAAUUUUUACUGUCUUUGGGAAAUAGAUUACUCUAAAGUGCAAAAACGGUUUUCCAGCCUGUUAUGCUGCUAUAGAGAUACCAUCAUUUGUUACUUUGUAUAUUUCUGGUAUUAGGUGGAAUGGCAUUUGAUUUUGCUAUGUGGAUCCAACUUUUUAUACAAAAAGAAGUAGUCUUAUCAGUUUCAAGCAUGCCACAUUCUAAUGUAAGAUGUUCUCUCUAUCAUUAAGUAAGACUUCAAAAAACUUCAAUUAGAAAUUAUUUUGAAGUUACAAAUUAUGUUCCCAGGUGGAAAUGUAGUUAGGCUAGGGCAAGAGGAACACAAAAUACACAGGGGUUGCAUAGAAACCAAGACACACCUUAUAUGAGGUUCCCUCUGCAUCAUUUUGGAGUCAUAAGUAAUUGCUUUGUCAGGUUGGAUUCAUGUCUUCAAAUACAUCAUGCAUGAAGAAGCUUUUGCACAAGGAUGUAUGUAACUUAAAUAAGAGGUAAUGAUUUGUCACAAUCAAAUCCUAACACAACUGGCACAGGUAACCAUCACACGUUCUGAAAUUGACAUGCAAACUGGUUAAUUUAAGUCCUUCCCUUGUGAAAGAAGUAUUUAGGUUUUAAAAAAACUGCUUUUUUUUUUUUACAAAGUGCCUGCUUACUUCUGUAUAGAUGGCUGCCUAUACUGUCAAAUCUAUCAGAACUGGUGCCUGUUUCCAAUUAAAACAGAUGGCAUAUUUUCUAGACAAAACAAAUACUCUUUUAAACAAUAUGCCUGUUGUUUGUGACAAUGGGAAUACUGAUGAAAUUGUUUCUUGAAAAGCUGUGAUGCACAGAAAUCAGAGGUAAGGAAUGAAAUUUCACAUAGGUUCAAAUCAUCAUGUGGUGAAGCAAUUGGCAAACAAUAAGGAACAGAUAGGAAAACAGGGACUGUAUACCCUUUGCUAGACUCUUCCCUUCCUCUGUGCCUCCCUAUUUAUCCUUUGGACCCAGUUUCAAACGAUUUCAUGACGUCAAUGAGUUCUCUUAGAUUGCAACCCUUCAAAGUAGGAGGCAAUUGUGCUGAGAUUGAAGUAGAUGUGAUUGGGUCAUGGCUGAAAAGGGGUCGAUAAGGAUGAAGCUGUCUAGCAAAUACCACUAAUUUUCACCACCUGUAAUAACUUAUAUGGUCAACCUGACCAUCGGGGAAUCUAUGCUUUGAUUCAGUGCUUCCUGGGCUCUUUUCUCCAGAUAUUUUAGACUUCUGCUUCCAAAAAGCUCAGCCACCUUGGCUAAUAGGUAAGAAUUCUGGUAACUGAAGUCUACAACAUCUGGAACAUCAGACUUUGGGAACCACUUCUUUAACUGAUGCUGUAGCUGCCCCAUCCUAAAUGUAAUGAGAAGAUAGCAUAACUGUCUGGAACAUUUCACUUGACUGCAUCAUAAGCCACCAGUUCUGGCAGUUCUGGCCUAACAGUUAGGGUGGAAUGCUUUCUUUAGACAGAUUUGUGGCAGCAAUAAAAGGCAGCUAACUAUCAACUACUUGGUUUAUUAUUUUGACCGCUAUGGAAGCACUGCUUUUUUUUUUUCUUCUGGCACUAAAAUGCCUUGGUCUGUCCCAGUUUGUGGGUGCAGCAGCAACCAAGUUGGAUAGCUAAGUGGCUUGAAUAGAAAUAAUUUGUCACUGGUCUGAUCUGUUAUAUAAUUUCCUUUUAAUGCAGGCUUAGAAGUUAUCAAAAACACCUCUGAAUGCAUCAUUAACGUUGCUAGGAGUAUUCAUCCAUUCCAAGUCUUAAAACUAAGAGGAGCAGAGGAUUAGGAUUCAAAGAAUUAUACAUGCAAGAAGAGUCUUGCUUUCUGUUUUUGCCACAGCACUUCUCACUACCAAUAAAAGAAGAUCUUAGCUUUAAAAAGCAGCAAGUUUAUUAAACUUCAGUUCUAUAAAUUCUUACAGAAAUAUGUCUUACUAAUGGGACAUACCUUUGAAUGGAGAUGCCUAAAAUUUACUUUUAAAUAGUGGAAAUUACUGUAGGAGCAGUAUCAAGCAAAAGCUUUGUGCCAUGGUGCUUGCCAAUAUCUGCAGCUGGAUUUUUUUUUUAUUUCACAAGGUUAAGUUUAAAAAGGGAUACUUCUCUGUGCAUCAGAUGUUGAUGUUUUGAUUGUUUUCAAAUUAUGUACAAUUUCCAGUGUUUCAUCUGUUGUAUAAAUGUUCACUUUAUACCAUUCUUAAUUUUAAUGGGUUGAUCAACUUUCAGUGACAGAAAAGUGACUAAAAUAAAGUAUUGACAUCAUA